GUCUACUGUACACAAGGCAAGUGUAAAGUCAUAAGGUUUGGAAGGUUUACCGGAGGUGAUUUUAUCCGCAAUGUCGUCGAACAAAGUCUCUGUAGAGUUUACUGACGAUGGAUUUGCCAUUCUCACGAUGAAAAAUGGAGAGAAUCGCUUGAACGCGGAAUUUCUAGAGAUUCUCAAUGAUAAUCUCGACAAGGUUCUCAGAAAUAAGAGCUGCAAGGCUUUGAUAACAACUGGCGAAGGUAAAUUCUACAGCAAUGGGGUAGAUUUAAAAUGGUUGAUGAAGCAGUCAAAAGAGGUACACCUCCACUUCCGGUCCGAAAUCGAGAGUUUGUUAUGGAGAAUGACUCACUUUCCCCUUCCGACAGUGGCACUUCUAAAUGGGCAUGCAUUUGCCGGAGGUGCCUUUUUGGCUAUUACACACGACUACAUAGUGAUGAAUUCAAAGCGAGGCUGGUUUUCUAUGAAUGAGACUCGGGUCGGACUACGCAUACCAGCGGCUACUCGGGAGGUCCUAAGUAAUAAAAUGAAGAAUACCAACGCAGUCAGAGAGGCAGUCCUGUUUGCUCGAUCAAUUCCAGGCCCAGAAGCAAAGAGCCUCGGUCUGGUGGACGAGAUUGGAGAGUUACCUACCCUUAUGGGCGCUGCUAAGCGACUGGCGAUCGGGGCUUUAGGACGCACUGGGAUUGACCGAGAUAUGCUUGAGAUAAUGAAGAAGGAUUUAUAUCCUAGGACUGUGAUGAACAUUGACGACAAGAAGUCAAAGUUAUGAUAUUUGCAAUCAUAUUUGUGAAAGUGUGACUUUCAACGUAUAUUGUAAACAGGGAAAUCUUGAAUAUAUACAGUUCUUAGUCAUCCGUUAUACUGCCACAUUUUGUGUUGUGCCAAUUUUGGCGGUAUAACGGGGUGGCGAUACAACGGGGUUUCGGUAGGACAGCCGAAUGUAUGUAACACGUGUGCAGUAAAAUGUAGACAUUCAUCUGAAACAAACACUGCAAUAUACAUACAAAUAUUGAUUUUGAAAUGAAUGCAGACAGAUAACGUUUAUUAUUUGAUGCGUUUUAAUCAGUAUUAGUUAAUAAAAUAUAA